CAUCUGGCAUCUGCACAUCUUUAAAGUGGUCAGUGGGUCAACGGCGUGGGCGCGGUGGUCUCUCCAGUCACACAUAAUCAUCUCAGCGUCUCAACUACAACUUUGUACGCACUCGUGUCAAAAUGAGGGAGAUUGUGCACAUUCAGGCUGGACAGUGCGGCAACCAGAUUGGAGCCAAGUUCUGGGAGGUGAUCAGUGAUGAGCAUGGCAUCGACCCGACGGGAACCUACCACGGUGACAGUGACCUGCAGCUGGACCGCAUCAGCGUCUACUACAAUGAAGCCACAGGUGGAAAGUACGUGCCCAGAGCCAUCCUGGUGGACCUGGAACCAGGUACCAUGGACUCCGUCAGGUCCGGACCCUUCGGACAGAUCUUCAGACCCGACAACUUUGUCUUUGGUCAGAGCGGGGCCGGAAAUAACUGGGCCAAGGGCCACUACACGGAGGGGGCGGAGCUGGUCGACUCGGUGCUGGAUGUGGUGAGGAAGGAGGCAGAGAGCUGCGACUGCCUGCAGGGCUUCCAGCUGACCCACUCCCUGGGUGGCGGCACCGGCUCGGGCAUGGGCACCCUGCUCAUCAGCAAGAUCCGUGAGGAGUACCCCGACCGCAUCAUGAACACCUUCAGCGUGGUGCCCUCUCCCAAGGUGUCCGACACGGUGGUGGAGCCCUACAACGCCACCCUCUCCGUGCAUCAGCUUGUGGAAAACACAGACGAGACAUACUGCAUCGACAACGAGGCACUGUACGACAUCUGCUUCCGCACGCUGAAGCUGACCACGCCCACGUACGGCGACCUCAACCACCUGGUGUCGGCCACCAUGAGCGGCGUCACCACCUGCCUCCGCUUCCCCGGGCAGCUCAACGCCGACCUCCGCAAGCUGGCCGUCAACAUGGUGCCCUUCCCCCGCCUGCACUUCUUCAUGCCCGGCUUUGCUCCCCUGACCAGCAGGGGGAGCCAGCAGUACCGUGCCCUCACCGUGCCCGAGCUGACCCAGCAGGUGUUUGACGCCAAGAACAUGAUGGCUGCCUGCGACCCCCGCCACGGACGCUACCUGACUGUGGCCGCCGUCUUCCGUGGUCGCAUGUCCAUGAAGGAGGUGGACGAGCAGAUGCUGAAUGUCCAGAACAAGAACAGCAGCUACUUCGUGGAAUGGAUCCCCAACAACGUGAAGACGGCCGUCUGCGACAUCCCGCCCAGGGGGCUCAAGAUGGCCGUCACCUUCAUCGGCAACAGCACGGCCAUCCAGGAGCUGUUCAAGCGCAUCUCUGAGCAGUUCACCGCCAUGUUCCGGCGCAAAGCCUUCCUCCAUUGGUACACCGGUGAGGGCAUGGACGAAAUGGAGUUCACCGAGGCCGAGAGCAACAUGAACGACCUGGUGUCCGAGUACCAGCAGUACCAAGACGCCACGGCGGAGGAGGAGGGCGAGUUCGAGGAGGAGGUGGAGGAGGAUUAGAGAGGUAUCCAAAUGAUUUGGAGGAAAGGAAAAUGAUGGGGUGGGAAUGGAGGAAGAAAAAAACAACAAAAAUACGUAAUAAGAGACCAUGCCAAAUUGAUUUAAGUUAUUUGUUAAAAUUGUGUUUAUUGUGUUGAUGUGGGAUACCAAUGUGAAUUGAGCCAAACUGUUGUCAUGGAGGAAAUCAGUGAGUGACAUCAGAAUGUGAUCUAGAAAGUUUGAAUGAAUGUAGAAUGGAAAUCAGUGAGGAACAGAAAAUGUGUUAACCUAAUGACCAAAACCAAUGACAGGCAAACACGAGACCAGUAUAAGAGAUACUUUUGUUGUUGGCACCUAAUGUAACUAAUGCCUGCAUUUGAUUAGAACGUAGAAGUAAGAGUGGUAUACUAAGGGCAGCGAUAGAACAGAAGGAAGAAUUUCCAUUAACCUUUUUUUUUGUAAUUUUUCUGUGGUUCUUCUACUUUUGUACUUUUCUAUGUUUCUUAACUUUUAGAUGUCUGUUUCUGUCAUUUUCCAAGCACCUAAGGUCAAAGGUGAUCAGUUGACCAUGCCGUACAUGCAUACAGUGUCAUGUCCUUUGACAUCUCAGUCAGCACAGCAGACGUACUGUACAUGGCACUGACAUUCCCAAAGGGCUGAAGAGGAGCGGCACAAGAGCCGCACAGAUGUGUAAUACAAAAAAAACAACA